CUCAAACUAUGUCAAGUACCUUUACCUUCUGAGCCUUGUCAUAAAAGUUAUUUUAAAGUCGCCUGAGUCAGAUUCAAACAUGGGAUAUCGAAUACCACUGGAAAGCGACUUUACAAUGGAUAUAUCAAGUGAUCAGACAUAAUAUCACUUAUUUGGAAUUUUCUUUCGAAGUUUUUUAGAUAGCUGAAUCUUAGACUGCGAUCUCCAUCUUGUGGAUACAUUAUCCUAUCAACUUUAGAGUAAUGGAAGGCUUCCGUUGGCUGUUUAUAGAACUCCUUCUGGUGUUUUCAUCGGCCCAGAUACCUAAACAGAACAACCCGCGCCCUACAAUCCGUAUCUACACUGACCAUAGAGACAACUCCACAGAAGAUAUGGGGUCUGAUCUUUGGGGUAGGGAGGCAGCUGACGUCAUCCUGUCGCCGGAGCAAACCUUUACAAUUGAGUGUCGGGGCGUCUACAACGUGACCAUGAGAUUAACAAGGAGUUUCCAUAUAUUGAACUCGCCUUACACAGGUCUAAAUAUUGAAGAGCAUCGAUUAUUACAAAGUGUCAACAACUCGGCAGCCAACUUUACUGUGAGCAAUAUAACUUACCUCUAUACAGGAGAAUACACUUGUUUAUAUGUCGACGAAUUCAGAGACGAUCUGUUUAGCAGUAUUUAUGUCUAUGUAUUUGAUCCUGACCAUUUACUCACACCUUUAAAAAUGGAAAACAACAGAUUUGUCAGUUUGGCAAUUUAUCACUAUCAGAAGACAUACAUUCCGUGCAGAGUUACGCACCCUGAAAUCCAGGUGGAUCUGUAUAAAUUGUACCCCGACGAACUUAUUGAGACCGGAGAUGCAAACGCUGUUUACUAUGAUCCACAAAAAGGUUUUGUCUUGGAUUAUCCGAAUGCUUACUUCAUUGGAAUGUUUGCCUGUCGAUCCAACUACAGUAACUACACAGAUACGAAACAAAUAUAUCUCAACUACCUUGGGAGAAGUCGGUCAGCUCCGACACCCGUACUCAUUGGAUCAGACAAAGACUAUAUCCUGGAGAAGGGUUCCAAUUUUACACUUCAAUGUGAGGUCAAGGUCGAUCCAGGCUACGUCAUUUUCAUGAAAUGGAUUUAUACGUCAAAGGAGACCUUGGAGGAUAUUGAUCUCUCCACUGACUUUGUCUCCCCUGAUUUGUCAGCCGUCAAUAACGACACAGAGACGGGUGUUGCUGUUGAAAUUGCAGCCCCAGCACCGGUUUCGGAUCGAGUGAGAUACACAGCACCGACAGUCAAACAUAUGAGUGAUAUUUAUAACUAUGACAUCAUCAGGACGUUGCUGAUUGUGCGUAACGUACAACUAAAAGACGAAGGAGUAUACACCUGUCAAAUUACGACACACGACAAACAGCAAAAGACUGCCUCCAAAGAUAUCUACAUCAGAGAACCAUACUGCCAUGUACAUGUAUUGGGAGAGAAGCACGUUAUAGAAGUAGAUGAGUUCGAGAAAUACAUACGACUGGCCUUCGCCAUCAACUGUCACCCAGACGACUUCACGGUCAAAUGGUACAAGGAAGACUUUCUGCUGCCUUCGAAUGUCGAAACGGUUGAGGAUGCCACCCAGUACAUCAUAACAAACGUGUCAAAAAGUGAUGCCGGAGUUUACAAGGUCAUCGUCGAGAACAGUUAUCUGUCAGAAUCAGCAAAGGUCGAGCUGGUCGUAGCAUAUAAGCCUGUGGUGUCCAUCACGGUCAAGCCUCCUUCCAGUCGUCAGUAUAUGGUGCUAGGUGACACCUACAGUGUGUCCUGUAACCCUGUGUCCAUCCCUCCGGUCAGCAUCAUAAUGUGGGAGUGGCGCUCUCAUCAGGACAACUGGAAAACACUGGCGUACCACAACGAUUCGGACAUCAUCACUGACCGGCGAAGCUCUCUACAGCAUGUCGCAACAGAGGCUGGAAUCAUUCGCUGUCAAGCUACUAACAGAUUGGGGACCAGCUCGACUCAAAUCGAAUUCAAAAUCUCAGAGGUAGCAGAUGGGUUGGGGAUUGUGAUGCCCCCUGUGACCAUUGAGGGGGACCUGGUACAGAUCUCGUGUUAUGCCAGUGUGUGGGAAUACCAGUCAGUCAGUCUUUACUACAGGAGGUUUGGUAACUCUACUCAGACCAGACUGGCAACUACUAACACCACCUACGUGUCCUACAACAGAACGGCUUAUUCAUCUGUGGUUCAUGUUGAUUUUGAGCCAAUAGAGAAGUCAGACGAAGGUAGCUACGUAUGCGUUGCUGUGCGGCUAUCUACUGCCCAAAAUGCUUCUACUGACAAUGUGACUGUUGAGAAGAGACUGGAAGUUAGAGAUAUCGAACCGCCAACAUUUCAACAAGAAAGUGAUCAAGGCAAAAUACCAACUCGUAUCGGUAUCAAAUUCCAACUUCCCGAAUGUGAUGUCAGUGGUGUUCCAAGACCAACGAUAAAAUGGUUUAAAGACGGGGCCCUGAUAGAUCUGAGCAAUAACACUUUUGGUUUUGUCAUCAGCAAUGAUAAUAAAAGUUUGACUAUCAAGAAAACAUCUAAGGUCCACGAGGGAGAAUAUCUGUGUGAGGCAGAAAACAGGGGAGGAGUAAUCUACGGUAACUGGUCGCUCUACUUAGGAGAGUUGUUCAAGCCUGCACCAGUGUAUCAAGGAAGUCAGAAUCCCAGUGUAAUCAUCGCAGUUGUUGUCAUAGCAACAGUCGUUCUCGUCGUGGUGUUAGUGGUUCUCAUAUGUCUAUACCGGCGACGAUCGGCCAUCUUACACAAAGAACUGGAGCAGUCUCUCAUUCACCCAGUGAAGGAUUACAACCCAGACCUCCCCAUUGAUGAACAAACCACCUGCAUCCCCUACGAUCCUAAGUGGGAGUUUCCCAAAAAGAGGCUGCGACAAGGAAUGAUCUUGGGACAGGGUGCCUUUGGUCGAGUGAUAAAGGCUGAAGCCAUCGGCAUUGUGGAGCACGAGGAUGUCACAAUUGUGGCGGUCAAAAUGGUGAAAGACUGUACGGACCGCGACCAGAUGGAGGCUCUACUCUCGGAACUCAAGAUUCUCAUCCAUGUGGGUCAACAUCUAAACAUAGUCAACUUACUGGGAGCUGUGACGAAGGACAUCAGAUAUGGGGAGCUCUAUGUCAUCGUGGAAUAUGCUCACUUUGGAAAUCUCCGUAACUACAUGUUAAAGAACAAAAACACAUUCAAGGAUGUCAUGGAUGAUUACAUCGACCCUGUGGAGGAGAAGAAACGAGAAGCUGCAAAGGAAGCCGCAGCUUCAAAACCAUAUUAUGUCAAUAAAGCUCUGAAGGAUCAUUCUGCUGACCUGAUUGGUCCCUCCCUAACAACGAAAAAUCUUAUCUGCUGGGCAUUUCAAACGGCAAGAGGGAUGGAAUAUCUGUCCUCCAAGAAGUACAUUCAUCGAGACUUGGCAGCCAGGAACAUUCUAUUGGCUGAGGACAAUGUGGUUAAGAUAUGUGAUUUUGGGCUCGCUAAAGACUGCUACAAAAACCCAGAGUACUUCAAGAAGGGCGAUGGCCCUGUGCCGGUAAAAUGGAUGGCUAUAGAGUCCCUAACUCAUCGCCUCUACACCACCAAGAGUGAUGUGUGGUCCUAUGGGAUAUUUCUAUGGGAGCUGUUUUCCCUAGGAGGAAGCCCUUAUCCAGGAGUGGAGAUCAACGAAAAAUUCAUUGACCUUGUCAAGAGUGGUUAUAUCAUGGACAAGCCAUACUAUGCCUCCGAUGAAAUGUACAAGGUAAUGAAGGCCACAUGGAGACACGACCCAGAUGAUCGACCUUCGUUCUCAGGACUCGCCUCACUCAUGGGCGACUUUCUCGAGGCUAACGUUAAACAGUAUUAUUUGGACCUCAACGAGCCAUAUAUCAAAAUGAAGGACCUGGAAAAAUCAGGGAUGUCCGAGGGAGCUUGUGGAAGCUCUGCUGACCAGGAAGGCUACUACAAGAUGAAUGGGGAGACCAAAAACAAACUUCACUCGGACUACACUAAAAUGUCCCCAGCGCCUCCUAUUCCCUUGGACAAGGCUUCUAUUGAGGACGAGAGAUAUGUUAAUGCAAACAAAUGGCGGACAGAUAAAAAGAAGGAAAAUGCUAAGGAAAUGGAGCUUGUGCCUCUUAUAAUUGAGGAUGACAACCUCGGUGAGGAUGGGGAUGAGUCUGAGGAGGUGAGGCUAAGGAGAAAGAUGAAUAAGGCAAACCCAGGGGACGAAUCUCCACCACUGUUAAACACGAGGGCAGAGGUGCAUCGGUCUGACGACACCGACAGCGGACAUUCUAGUACUUACGCUCCGGGAACAUCACCCGAUAUCGGUGUGGACGGUUAUCUUGUACCAAAAACAGGACCAGAUGGUACACAAUUUGUUGAACCCAAAAAAACAAAAAAGGAGGAGGAUUCAAGUGGAGUGAACUCUGAUUAUAACUACCGGGAUCGUCCUCCUCCGACUUACUCAGCCGUGAUACAAGACGGGGACGUGGUAGUGUAGGUAAAACCAGGGCUGUCUCAUUAUAUCAAAGGCGUGUGUACAUCUGUGUUGUUGUUCAUUUAUUUUUAUGAAAAAUGAUAGCAUUAAAUACAUUAUAUGGGUUUUCAGGUUAAUUUUACAUUAACAACUCUUGCCAUGUACUAAUUAAUGACUUAUAAAGAAAUUAAGGAGCAAUCAGGGAUUUUCUCCAAUUUUACUCAAAUUCACAUCAUAGUUAAAAUUAAUGGCAUUUCAGAUCUGUUGUAUUAUUGUUGUAAAAAAUGUUUCUUUUUAUGUUGUCCAUUUAUUAACUAAAAAAUUUAGUUUCAUAGGAAUAUUUUGUACAAUUUAUUUCUUACUUUAAUUAAUGUAGGUUUAAAGUAUUGUAUGAUAUGGAUUGUAGAUUGUAAUUGGUGUAAUCUAAUUUGUCGUACCCUCACCACAGUUGCCUUGUGUUUAACAAACUAUUUUGUAAUUAUUUUGUUAAUUGUUAUUGUGUCCCAAAUUUCUUUAAUAUGGAAUUUAAGGUAUAUGCUAUCAUAUUCAUUAUAAAUUGUGGUUUGUGUUAGAGUUAUGUCCCUUUAAAUUAUUGUAAUGCGUGUCAUCUAAUAAUCAAACCUUUUCUGGGUGAUAUUAGUUCAGCAUCCUGGUGAAUCAGAUAUGGUAUCACUGCAAACAUGUCCAAAUAACCAAUCACAAAGAGGUUUUUCAGGGUUUUUUAGGGGAAUUAUUUUUAAAGAAGGUAUAUAUCUAUCCUUAAAUCUUUAUUACGGGGCUGCUUGCAGUACCACCAUAUUGAAUUUAAUUGUAAAAGUAUUUAAUAUCCUGGUUGUAUGAUUAUUAGAUUAUAAAAUAUCUCGUUCACACAAAUGCUUGCAGUACACCUGUAAGGAACAGUAUUGUUUGAUGUGUUAUGUGGACUAAAAAAGGAAUGUAAUCUCUUUCACUAGGAUGGUUGUUAUACCCAAAUCUAUCAUGGUCAUCGAUUUCAAUUUUGAAUUCAAACUGGACACUAGUCAUAUGAAUUGCUCAUUUUUUAUAAUUUGAUUUCUGUUUGAUAUUUUUUUUUGAUUUUGUAACUUUUUUGUUGAUGCUUUUUAAGAAAUAUGUUAUCAAGUUUGAAAGACAUUAAAAAAGCACUGAUAUUUUACUUACUGAUUAUAGUUGGGACCAAACCUUUUUUUACAAAAAUGAACUUAUAACACACAAAAAAGAUUAUUCAAAGCAUGCCAAGUAAUCAUGUAAAAUAAAUUUUAAGGUAGAUAAUUUGUCAUGUAGGAAAGUUAUCGUAACUGUAAAAACUGAAUAGUUUGAUUUUAGAAGAAAACAUUGUACCACAUACUGAAUAGAAAAAUAUUUUUGUGAACAUAUUGGUUAGGGUUUUGUAGUACUUGCAGUUCUGUAAUAUUGUUUUUAUUUUAAGUUUUAACAAUUUCUUUUUGUUAUAAUUUGCCAAGGAUUAAAUGCUUUACUUCAUUCCAGCAUUUAGAACUUUUAUUUUAUUAUGAUUUUUCUAUUACAUGUUAUAACUUGUGUACAGAAAGUGUUGUUUAAGUUUUAUCAUAAUUUUUGCUGAUUUGAGUUGUACAGUUUGACCAGUCAACCUUGACCGUAAUGAUAGGGAUAACAGUGUUGACCAAAUAAUAUACAUUGUACUGUAGUUUCUGUUUGUCUUGUUUACAUCACCAUGGAGAUUGUGUAAAACAUAGCCCUAGUACUUGUCGUUACUAUUAUUUUUUUAUAGAAAAAUCAAUUGCAAAAAGAAAAUAAUUGUCCAGACAUGAGAGCACGCUUAAUUUUUAAAUCCCUGUUACCUUUUACUGUCGAACCUCGUUAAUCUGGACACUUUGAUUCUACGGGCAAAUGUCUGGAUUAGCAAAUUUCUGGAUAAACAAUACAGACUUUUUACCGAUCUUGACUUCUGGUAAAAAAAAAAAUGUUUAUCAAAAAAAUAUUGUAAAUGUCCUUAACAAGGGUUAUAGCGAUUCUUGUGAAAGUACAUGCAUCUUCAAGUAAUUUUCUCAAUUUUUUCUAGGCACCUAUAUCAAGAUGUUAUAUAUUUUUUUCAAUGACUCUUCUAGUGGACAAACCCAGGACUUCUGGUUUACUAGUCUGAAGCUCUUCCAAAUGAGCUAAAAAGAAAUUCUCCCUGGCUUAUUAUAUAUAUAUAAUAAGAUAAUAGUAUUGUGUUCAUAUGUUGACAAGGAUAGAUUUGCUAGCCACAGUCAAUCGCCUUCACAACUUGCCUAUGAAGAACUUGCCAGCGACACUUUGGUUGUGAAGUUAAAAAUGAAUUUGCCAUAAUUUAUUAAGUCUGGAAAUCAGUAUUGAAGUCAGUUAUUACAGCAUUCACUGUAUACCCCAUGUACCGGUCCAUACAUCAUCACUUAUAGUCACCGAGCCAUAUUGGUGGUUUUAUGUGUUUAAAUAUUAUUCUGCCAAAAUUAUCAAAUGAAAGAUAUGUCAUUAUUUAAUAUCUUUUUAUUUUAAAUUUUAUUACUUGACAAUCAUGAGUGAAUUUACCAGCUUGGUCUGUAAAUAUUGAAGAUAUUUUUUAUGUCUCGAAUAAAUAUAUUAACAAGA